UGUCGCUUGGCGGCAAAGGCGGCUAAUAAAUACGGCGGCUGGACGCCAUCGCAGCUGUCAAACAAACAGAAAACCAAUAGCAAACCGCACUACACAUUUAGUUUAGAAAAGCUUUUUAAACGACAGAAAAUGGCACUGGCAAAACCAAAAUCUGAGCUAACCCCGGAAGAGCUGGCGAGGCAGGAAGAGGAGGAAUUCAACACCGGGCCACUUUCCGUCCUAACGCAAUCGGUGAAAAACAACACUCAGGUCCUAAUUAACUGCCGCAACAACAAAAAGCUGCUCGGUCGCGUAAAAGCAUUCGAUCGCCACUGCAACAUGGUGCUGGAGAACGUGAAGGAGAUGUGGACGGAAGUUCCGCGUACCGGCAAGGGCAAGAAGAAGGUGAAGCCCGUCAACAAGGAUCGAUUUAUCUCGAAGAUGUUCCUGCGCGGCGAUUCGGUGAUUCUGGUACUACGCAACCCACAGGCAACAGCUGCCGGAAAGUGAAGCCAAUAAACUAGCCUUAAGUAAUUUCGAACAAUUCACGUUUAUUCUGAAUGUAAUGGAAAAGAAAUACAAAUGUAAGAACCAGCAA